CGCGCUUCUUAAAAUUCCCCGCAGGAGUGGGGAUUAAAACCCAACUGGCGGGGAUCAUAAAGGCUUCGGUGGGAGCGGGGCGAGUCUGCAGCGCAGGUGAAGGUGGGCGGCCCCGGGGAAAGUUCGCCGCCGCCCGGGUGUCUGGAGCCCCGCGGGCAGAGCCGCCACCGGCCGGGGCUCCGUCCUCCCGGCGGGCGCCGGCGGGGCGGGGAGGGGUCGCGGAGCGGCGGCGGGGGCGCAGCGUUUAAUUUUAAUUAUUGCAUAUAAAUAAAUAAACCAGGUGUCAGUUUAAAGGAAGCAGGGGGGCAGGGUGAAAGGGGGCUGGCUGGGCGGCGGGGAACCCUCCAGCCUGGCGAGAAGGUGGGUUGAUCUAGGGGAAUCAAUAAGCUUUUUUUUUUUUUUUUUUUUUUUUUUUUUUUUUUUUUUUUCCUCCUUAAACCAAAAUAAUGUCUACGGCAGCAGAGACCUCUCCGAGAUGUCAGGUAUUAGUCCGGAGGGGCAGAUCUGCGAGCCACACAGCAGCUCCCGGGUCUACGGUACAUUAGGCUCUCCGUGGGAGAGGGAUCCCAGACAGCUCUGCUGGGGAGCCAGCCCAGGAGAUUUGUUAGCGGGCUGCUCCGGGGGAUACCAGCUACCUCCGGCACCCGAGCGCCAAAGGUGCUUCUGCUGCUGCUGCUGCUGCUGCUGGCGCAUUUCAUCCAAACUCCAGCCAGAGCGAGGGCAAGUUGAACCGGAGACAUUGGAGCCACUGUGCUUUGGAGAGACGAGGGCGCACGGGGAGCGCGGCGGCACCAUGCCUGCUAUCAAGAAGGAGCGACUUGACAGGGAAGAGAUGGCCCUGGCAGCUUUUAACCAGCCCAUGGAAACCUUACCUGACUACCUCGCCCCUCUGGCCGCCGCUGCCAUUCCGGUGGUCACCCCGCACCCGCCGGCUUACGAGCAGAUCUUUGCCCACCGCGCGUACCUGGGCUUCCACGAGCCCCACCACCCCCACCCGCACCACCCCCAUCACCUCCCCGAGGACCUGAUGCUGGAGAGGUUUUCCUCCAUCCCGGAUUUCCAGCCCUUCUUUGACAACGGAGAGCCUUGCAUCGAGGUGGAGUGCGGGGAGAACAAGGCGCUGCUCUACAUCAAUAAGUUGUGCCAAGGGAGCAAAGGACCCUCUAUCCGGUACCGGGGAGAGUGGCUCACCCCCAACGAGUUCCAGUUUGUCAGCGGCAGAGAGACGGCCAAGGACUGGAAACGCAGCAUCAGGCACAAAGGGAAAAGUUUGAAGACUCUUAUGUCCAAAGGAAUCUUACAGGUACAUCCUCCAAUCUGUGAUUGCCCUGGGUGUCGAAUUUCGUCUCCAGUGAACCGGGGCCGCCUGGCAGAGAAGAGGACAAUCCCCCUGCCCCCCACCAGGGUCCCCAAGAAAGAGCUGAGCUCCAUCUUCUCCCACAGCGAGGACAGCGAGGAGAGCGACAAGAGCAAUGGGCAGCACCCCGAAGUGAAGCAGGAGGAGGAUCUGCACAUCAGUAUCAUGAAAAGAAGGAUUCACACCCACUGGGAUUUAAACAUCUCCUUCCGAGAGACCUCUUGCAGCCGCGACAGCGACCUCUCCACCAUCAUCUCCAACCUGCACCAGAGCCGCCAGCUCGUAAUGCCAGAGAGCCAGAGCCGCUGUGAGUUCAAGAGGAGCAGCCUGGACGUGGGGCUGGCAGCAGCAGAUGAAAUUUUAGGCAAGAGAAGAGUAUGUUCUCCCAACAGCAGCAGUGAGUGUCCUUUAGAGAGCAAGAAAGCCCGAAGUGAGUCCCCAAAGGAAACGUCGCAGACGCCGGUGCUGGAGGAGGCGGUGGCGCAGAUGACCCCGGAGGAGCACUACAGGCGCAUGAUGUCAGCCCUGAACGAGCACGGCUCCUUCGAGGAGCAGCAGCAGCAGCGCCUCUACCAGCUGGCCAACAGCAUGGCAGUGCCCAGCCACGGAGAUCUGCUCCGGGCGCGGCAGGAGGUGGCGGCGGCGGCGGCGGCGCGGACCCCGGGCGCGAUGGAAGCGCACAUCCCCUCGGCCAGCAACUCGUCCAGCCAGCGCAGGAAGCAGGGCCUCCCCCAGCACAGGGACAGCCACUUCCCCGACAGGGAGAUAUCCCACCCACCACCUCUGCUGUCGCCCCAGAACGCCCCCCACAUCGCCCUGGGGCCCCACUUGAGACCUCCCUUCCUUGGGGUGCCUUCAGCACUGUGCCAGACUCCAGGUUACGGGUUCCUCCAGCCAGCACAGGCAGAGAUGUUUGCACGGCAGCAGGAGAUGCUACGGAAGCAAAACCUGGCCAGGCUGGAGAUGUCGGCCGAGCUCAUCCGCCAGAAGGAGCUGGAGAACCUGCACCGGCAGAGGCUGCUGGCAGGAGACCCCCUGAGCCUGCACCCGGGGCUGCCCCCGGACCACCCCGCCCUGCGCAGCGUGCACGACGUCCCCGAGGGCCACGCGCUGCGGGACGAGCUGUCGCGGCGCAACGCCAUGCUGGUGCUGAGGCACAACAACGCACCCCUGCUGUCCCUCACCCCCGGCGGCCCCGGAGCGGCCACCCCGCCCAAGGAGCAGCCCCGGAGGGCCGGAGGUGGCCGAAAAUCCUCGCAGCCCCGAGCGGAGCCGCAGGGCCCCGGGGAGGCGAGGGAGCCGGCGGAGCCGCGCGCGCGGGACGGGGCCCAGGACUGUAACGAGGAGGAGAUGAAGGACUCGGAGAGCGACGCCGAGGCCGGCGAGGACAAGGCCGAGGGGCUGAAGGGCGAGGGCGGCUCGGGAGCGGAGCUCAAGGAGUGCAAGGACGGCACGGGCAAGGCGUGCGAGGGGGGCAAGGAGCUGAGCGAGGCCGCGGCCCCCAGCGUCCCCUGCAGCUCCUCCAGUGCAGAGUCCCCCAGCCACCUGCUCGGGCCCGGCAUCAACAAGGCCGAGGUGAAAUACCUCCCUCCAGCCUCCCUGCCCGCGCCACAGCCGCUGCCCUUCGGGUUCCCCUACACCGUGAGCCCCUACUUCCAUGCAGGCACCAUGGGAGGUCUGUUCCUGGAUGGGGAGGAGAGCCCAGCCCUGGAGGACAUCAGUAAAUGGACAGUGGAGGACGUCUGCAGCUUCGUGUCCAACUUGUCUGGCUGCACUGAGUACACUCAGGUAUUCCGAGAGCAGGCCAUCGAUGGGGAGACCCUGCCCCUGCUGACAGAAGAGCACUUACUGAACAACAUGGGGCUCAAGCUGGGACCUGCCCUGAAGAUCAGGUCACAGGUGGCCAAGAGGCUGGGCCGGGUGCUGUACAUGGCCGGGUUCCCGGUGGCGCUGCCGCUGCGGCCCCAGGAGCGGGAGGUGGCCCCGGGCGAGCUCCGCCCGGCCUCCACCGGCAGCGUGGCCUCGCCCUUCGGCAGCGCCGUCCCGGCCAGCCGGGGCUCCCCGAAACAGGAGAACGGGAACCCUUCCCUGGGCAGCGACACCUCCAAAGCCCCGUCCUAACUCGGGCAGGGACGGGAGCAGGGCUGGCGCCGCAGCAAGGGAGGUUUUAUUUUUUUUUUUUUUUUUUUGAUGCAUUUGCUUUUUCUUUUGGGGAAAAUAAAAGAACCACGGAGAUUUCUGAACUGUCAAAAAAAGAAAAAAAAAAUUGAAGGAAGGAAAUUUAUCCAAAGAUGUUGUCGUGGGAUGAUGGCAAGUGAAGAGAAGGAGGCUGGAGGCAGCAUUCCCGUUCCCUUGCACCCUCCUCAGUGGAGCUGGAGAGCCCUGCACAGGGAAUAAUGGACAGGAAUAAUGGACAGGAAUAAUGGACAGGCUGCUCCCUGCCUUCAGGAACUCCGCGGUGUGACUCCACAGGGAAGGGAAGGGGCCCUGCUCCUCCCACCGGUACUUCGAGCAAAAAAAAAAAAAAAAAACAAACAAAACAAAACAAAAAAAAUAAACACAAAACCCAUCCACACCCACCCCAGCCACCUUCCAGACCUGUCCUCCUCCCUGGAAACUGGGCUCAGUUCCUCAUUCAGGUGUUCUAUGCAUCUCUAGCAACUUUGAAAACAAUACCAAAGA